GUGACAUCUUUUCCUCCAACCACGACCAUGUCUGCAGACAGCGAUCCGUUUUACCUUAGAUACUAUACUGGCCAUUCAGGCAAACAUGGCCACGAGUUCCUCGAAUUCGAGUACUCGCACGGUCGUCUGCGAUAUGCCAACAACUCGAAUUAUCGGAAUGAUAGUCUUAUCCGGAAAGAGAUGUGGAUUGGGCCGAUGGUGGUGAAAGAGCUAAAGAGGAUUGUGGAGUCUAGCGAGAUCACCAAGGAAGACGACACGAAUUGGCCCAAGAAAAAUAUUGUUGGGAAGCAGGAGCUGGAGAUUCGCGUUGGGAAUGACCAUAUUGCGUUCGAGACUGCCAAGAUCGGAUCACUGGUCGACAUUCAGGAUAGUGAGGACCCCGAAGGGCUUCGUGUGUUCUACUAUCUCGUUCAGGAUUUGAGGUGUCUCAUAUUCUCCCUGAUCUCGUUGCACUUCAAAAUCAAACCCAUCUAAUGGAAUCGAUGGCAUGUUUUCUUGUAAAUGGAUGCGAUGGAUUGAGCGUUCUGCUCAGUACCGCAGGGCAACGCUCGCACCAAUGUAAAACCAUUCACUUUGGUCCAUGUUUGUUCUGAUGAACGUUCUGUGCGCACAGGUCUCUGAGUCCCUCAGCACCCGCCAUCUUCAAGAAAACGCGCAAGUUACUUACGUUUGCUGUAAAAAUUUGAUAUAUCUCUGUAUUGUCGUUAUACUUUCCAAUUGCAUUAUUUCUUUGCUAUAAUAAAAUGAGCGCUUUACGAUACCCUUG